AAGUAUUUUACUAUUUUGUUCACAAAUUGAAAUUCAAGCAAAAAUUAUUAGUUUAUAAAUGAUGGACACGUUUUACACAAUAGUUAUGAUUACGAUUUGGUGGUCAUCUAUGGUAGUGGCAGUUAAUAAAGACUUUUAUAACAAUUACGAAACCAUUUGUUCAAAGCGUCAAAACAAUGCGUUUGAAUAUUUGUUAAACAAAAUUCAAGACAAAAGUCAAAUGUGUGAUCACUCUCAAGGAUUUUACUACUCAUCAGACAACUGUCCGAAACAAUAUUCUGGAGACGGAGUCCUGUCUUCACGUAGUUAUUAUCGGUCAGACAAUGAUCUGUAUUACUAUUUUUAUGUCCACUUUAAACAACCGAUUAAAGACUAUCAAAACAAUGGAAAAGACACAAAAUCCUAUAAACUGGUUAUUGAUAACAAUUUAUUGCAUUUUAAGAGAAAUUAUUUGAGAGAUAAAUAUCUUUUUGUUGUCUGGAUUCGUGAGCCGUCAUUCAAUGAGUUGUCGACUCAUACUUAUGAAGUGAUUAUCAACUCCAGUGCCAUACAGACGACUGUAACAUCAGAUAGUUUUGAUUAUAAACUCGAAGAUCAGCUAAUUUUCAAAGAUUUUAAGAAAACUCAAGACUUGAAUGUAGUCAUCAAAGUGAUGGGAAGUACUAAUAAUAUUACAAAAUAUACAAUAAAUCAGUCGUAUGUGAUAUUCUGUAAUCAAAAGAAUAAACCGAUUGAAUCUGUUUGUCAACCAAUUGUUGUCGACGACCACUACAUCACCUGUAAGUGCAGUGAAGUCGAGAAUUACUAUCGACUGAUAGUUGUGACGGCAUUUUGGAUAAUAUGGUUGCUUCUGGUAAUCAAACCAUUCAUCGAUCUCUUUAUGGAUUCAGAGCAGCGAUCAAAAGUAGACAUCAAACAAGCGGUCAAUUGUAAUGAUAAGUCAUUCAAAUUCAAGUAUGAAUACGUAAUGAGAUUAACUAAAGAAACUCUCGAUCCGUUAAACAAUGUUACCAUUGAUCUCGAGUUCUUUACCGACAACCACGAGAGCGUCGCGCCAUCAGUUCGGCUUAGCGCCGAUAAUCUCGAUGAUAAACCAGUUAUGGAUAUAACAAUUACACAAUGGAGACUAACUAAACUACCGAAACUCAAGUAUAUUGAAUGCAAUCACUCGGGAAGUCUCGAAACAAAGAUUAAAUUAUUGUAUAUUAAAAUCGAUUGUAAAUUUGGUGGCAAAGAGUCCAUUACUUUUACAGUCAUGAAGAAUAUAAUCAAAAAUAGCCGUCGAUUUUAUUUUCAGGAACCAAAAGAUUUGUCUGAAAACGACAUCAAAAUACCGUCGACGACAUUCAACUUUGGUAUCUCCAAUAUCUACCUGUCCUACUUGGAAAUCAUGUGGAUAUUAUUUGUCGACAUCUCAUUGAUGGCACUGUUUGUCGACAUUUUCCGAAAUAUCUUUGACAAUACCAUUAGUCCUAUAAUAUCAAUACAACUAUUGUUUCAAUUACUAUCGGCCACCGGCUGUCUGAUUGUGAUUCAUAUCAUUUUGGUUAUUGUCUACAAAUGUCUAUUACUUUGUCUACUAAAACAACAACGAAGAAUGCAAUCGGAAACCAUAUUUUAUUGUAUAAUAAUAGUCUUCUAUGUUUUAACCACUUUUACGGCCGUAUGUAUCUGCUGUUAUCUAAGCAUUAAUAUUUUGUCGUUAAUCGAUAUCUAUCAAUGGGUUAGUAUUAUUAUCUGCGGCACCGGUAUAUUGUGUCUAUUGUGGUAUUUGUCAUCUAAAUUAAAACCAUUGUUUUGGCGAAACAAACCCAAUAUCACUAUUACUGAAACUAAUACUAAUUCAAUCUCAUCUCUCAAUGACGAGAGUAUUACCACUUAA